GAUAGGUCAUCCUGUUCUCUGUCUCACAGUCUCGGCCCCACUCUUUAACCUCAGCUGACAGUCUUCUGUUUCUGUCUAUGCUGAAUCCCUCAAUGGAUUCAGCCUGAUUGAUCGUAAUGAGUUUGGGGAGCUCAAACAUGGCUGGAACAGCUCUGGGAACGGCCCUCUCUCUCCUCCUCCAUGCCUCUAUUAUACAAGGGCUCCAGGAUGCUAAGAUGGUAGAAGCAGUGGAGGGCCAGAAUGUUACCUUACCUUGUGUUGUAAAAAGCCUUCCUAAUCUCAAGAUUGUCAGCUAUGAAUGGAGUAAGAAAGGAAAAGAAAACAUAAAGAUGGCUCUGUAUAGCUAUGGUCAUGGAGUCCAUCUGUUUUGGCAUAAUGUCACCAUACAGAUUCAGAACAAUGACACAGAUCAUUUGAAGAGCUCCCAUCUACACCUUCCUGCUGUGAAGACAUGGGACAGUGGCAUCUAUAUUUGUGACAUUACAACUUUUCCUCAUGGCUCCAUCAGGAGGGAGACGGAGCUAAAGAUCAAAGAGGGUAUUAAAGUAAUGUGUGAUGCAAAUAGCACUGUUGACGUCUAUAGUGGAGAAAAUGUGACCAUUCAGUGCAACACCUACGCCGAUGCACAGUUCAGGUGGACCAAGAACAAGACGCUGGUGUCUGAGGAUGAGUCCCUGAAGCUUUGUUCGGUGACCGAUGCUCAGUCAGGGGUUUAUACACUGACUGUCAGCACAGGAACUGAAAGUCUGCAUAGAGAGUUUACCAUCACAGUGCUAACAGCAACCACAAGUUUAAGGACAGAUUUCACAACAGUGUUACCGCAGACUUACGUAACUGAAGAGGAUUUGACGGAACCUACCAGCAGCCUAACCACAUCACUGACCACUGGCCUUUCAACCACUGACACCAACGUCACUUGGACCAUGAGUUCGGGUACCAGUGUGACAGACGAUAAUCCAAACCUCAGCAAUGUUACGAUCACACAUGGAGAGCAUGCAACCUCUGGGACAAAUUAUACGCAUCAAAGUGUCACAUCAUCUCCUGCCACACACACUGACCCUGAUCAUUUACUCAACUCUACUACAUUAAGUUACAGCAGCACAGUGUUCAGAUCAACACAGGAAGGUGAUAGAACGAAGAAUGAGUCCACACCGCAUACAGCGAACCCAGAGGACAUCAUCUCUGUCAGGCCACAGGAAUCAGGCACCUUGGGAAACAUUACACAAAAGUAUGAAAUUCCUGGCAUAAACUCAACACUGAGGACUGGAAGUGGAGUUGUAGCCAAAGAUACUGCACGGAGUCAUCUGGUGGUGUUAAUCAUCAUUCCAACAAUGGUAUUGAUCGUUGUGGCUGGCUUUCUCUACAGAAGACACCUUAUAAAAAAGAGGAUGGCUCUGCCGCCUCCGUUCAAACCCCCUCCUCCUCCAGUCAAGUAUACAGCUGCAAGACACCAGGAGAUUUCAACACAGCCUUUCCCGACCUCAAGGUGUAACUCUGUACAAUAUGUGUAGUGUUAGCUUUACCCUGUCUUGGUUACAUGUAGAAUUAUGAGCUGUAUUGCUUUCAGUUGUGGUCAGUGUCAAACUGCAGCGUAAAUGUGAGCCGUGUAUAUAUACUGGAUGGGUGGGGUGCACUAUGCUGUUGUGUAUGAAAUGUUUUUAUGGUUUGCUUUUAUUCUUACUCUUUUGUAUUAAAUGUAUUUUUUUUUUUUAAAUCACCAUUACAUUUUGAAAAUAAAAGCUUAUUUAAUUUGA